UCGUGGUACAGAAUCUUGUAAAUAUAAUAGCAAGAAUUUCACGGUUUGAGCGCACAAAACUUCUGCUGUUACGUCGUUCAGCAGAAGGCACUUGUCUCGAAUAGAUGUUUUCUGACGGCUGGCUGCUUGGGAAAGCGGUGUGGCGUGGCGAGAGUUAACGUGGGGUGGAGGAAACACGCGUUGGUGCAGAAGAGUAAGAGGGCUCCAUUGUGGGGCGUGCAGUGGUGGGGGAGAGAGGGCUGGAGAGCAGCGCGUCACACCUGGCCGGGGUUUUGCUCUCCCCCGUCAGCACCAUGAGAAAUCAGGUAGACCUGCUGGCCACUGUCACGGUUCUGGGAGUCCUGGAGCAAGCCUAUUUCGCGCUGCAGGUGAUCUAUGCCCGACGGAAAUACAAGAUCUCCCCUCCUGAGACAAGAGGUCACCCUGAAUUUGAGCGGAUCUUCAGAGCCCAGGUGAAUUGCGCAGAGUACUUCCCGAUCUUUGUCUCACUCCUCUGGGUUGCUGGAAUCUUCUUCCAUCAAGGUGUGGCUGCCGUGUGUGGGCUGCUGUACCUCUACACCCGCUUCAAGUAUUUUCAGGGAUACGCUGCGGCUGCGCAAGGACGGUUGGGGCCACUCUAUGCCAGUGCCCGGCUGCUCUGGCUGCUGCUGGGGCUGGCGGUGGCCGGGCUCCUGGCACACUUCUUGCUGCCUGGCUCCUCUGCAUGGACGGCAGCGCUGGUGCAGUCCCUCCAGCUGCUCGGUGCCUGGUAAGUGGCACCACCGCUCUCCCAAAACCGCUGCUGGCCCUCGGCGGAGGGGAGGGAGUUGUGUGGCACGGUCAGAGACGACAUAUCUCCCCAGCUCUGUGCUUACCUUUGAAGGGAGGUGGACGCUGGCACCCCUCUGCUUGCAAAGCUCUGCUCCUCAGAGAUAACGUCGCUUCUAGCGAACACUGCCCAGCCUCUGCCCGUGGGCUUCACAGCCGGGUUUUGUAGCACUUUCUGCUCUAAAACCUCUAAUGCCUUUGGCUCGGUCUCGUGGACCGUGGGUGAACCCAUAAGCUGUCAUCACUCCUUACUGCUCUGAUGAUCUAUGUUGAAGGAUCACAUCAUGGAUAUAUAAAAAAUAAAUUCCUUUUCUCAGUAGAAAUCACCUGUGAUUGUCAAAGGUGCUCAGGAACCAUGUGUGAUAACAUCUGAAGGUUAGGGGAAUGGGUUGCAUGGGAAAAGCUGCUGUUAUUAAAACUAACUUGAAAGGGUGGGUAAACUUGUCAAAACCCUUAUCCAAGCUUUGGGAAAAAAAGCCUGACUCUAGUCAAAUGCUAAUUUCUGUGUUUGGUGUUGGUUUGAAUGGUCUUGACUCGGCCCUGAUUUCACUUAUCACCAACCCACGGGAAGGAUUUUGCCCCCUCUCUCUAGAUUUCAACCCCCACUGCAAACUCAGCAUUCGCAGGUAACUAAAGCAGGCAUCACCUAGGCAACUCCUUGCGAAGUUGUAUGCGGGAAGAAAAAAAAGCAACAUAUUUUGUAAAACAACUGUUGCACAAGUGCACCCUCGGGCAUACAGUUGCCCAAGUGCCUUCCUUGGGCCCUGCUGAGGAAAGAGCUGACCAACCUUUCCGUUUUUAAUAACUGCUAAAGGUUUCUGUGAUGCUGGGGCAAAAACAGCAGCCUCCCCCCUGGGCUGCUCUAAGUGCUUUCCCCAGCACGAGCGAUGCUUUGGGAGUAUCGGGUACUGGUGAGCGCUGAGGAAUGGCU